AUGGGAUUUGUCGAUGGCGAGAAUCCAUGUCCUCCCGCGAUGAUCGACUCCCCUCCGGCCACUGGUGAAUCUGCUGCCUCAACCUCGACACCGGUCCCAAAUCCGGCGUACAAGGCGUGGAUCAAGCAAGAUCAAACGCUGCUUUCCCUUCUCAUCUCAUGCCUCUCGGAUGAGGUGAUGCAUUUGGCGGUCGGCAAAUCCACCUCCAAAGAUGUCUGGGAAGCGAUCAACGCCGGUCUCGGAAGCUCCACUCGCGCUCGCACGCUUGGUCUCCUCGGCCAGUUUCAUGGCCUCCGGCAAGGCGAGAGUAGCACGGCGGAAUAUCUAGGCCGCGCCCAGCUGCAAGUCGAGGAUCUCGCCCACGCCGUUCGCCCGAUAUCGCUGGAUGAACAGAACAUGUUUGUUCUCCGGGGAUUGCGUCCAGAAUAUCGUGCGAUGGCUUCAUCGCUCACGGCGUCUGGGAAUUCCGUAACUAUUCCGCAAAUUGCGGACUAUCUUCGAGCUCAAGAGUUUCUGCAUGCGGAUGAUUACCCGGCAGGUUCAGACCACAACUCGUCGUCUGCUUUUUAUGCUUGCAGAGGCAGAAACUCCGGUCGCGGCAGUGGCAAUUCUGGCCACAAUUCCGGACGCGGUAGUGGCAGUGGAGGACGUGGCAGCGGCAAUCAUGGCAGAGGCGGUAGGGGCGGUCGGAAUGGUGGCCGUGGCGGGGCUCCUCGGUGCCAAAUCUGCCGUGCACAAGGGCACACGACAGUUUACUGUUACAAGCGGUAUGCCCCGCAACCGCCGGCACAAGCGAACCUUGUGGUUCCCGGAGAAGAAGAAGGCAGUACGGGUGGUUCGGGUUGGUUCCCGGAUACGGGGGCCACCGCCCAUGCCACGCCGGAUGCAUCGAUGAUGGCACAAUCGGAUGAAUAUACGGGUGGUGAUGUGCUGCGUGUUGGUAAUGGCGCAAGUUUGACGAUCUCACGAGUUGGCCAUGCUUCUAUAUCAUCAUUGUCUAAAACACUACAUCUAAAUAAUGUCUUACAUGUUCCUAAACUUUCCGUCCCGUUAUUAUCUGUUUUCCGUCUAACAAAUGAUAAUCGUGUUUUUGUUGAAUUUCACAAGGAUUGUUUCAUUGUGAAGGACUCGGUCACUCGGGCGGUUCUGCUUAGAGGUUUCACAUCGGGCGUUUAUACAAGCUCCCGGUUUCGCCGUCUCAGUUUUCUUUUCUCACUUCCCGUGCUACACCGGUCGUCUGGCUUCGCAGAGUUAACAGCUACAAAUGCAGGUUCAGUGAUAUCUGCCGCCCCACCCUGGCCUGCUGCUCCAGUCAUAACUUACUCAUCACCCACAACUAUGAUGGAAUCCGGCCCACAAAGGCCACUCAGUCCAACACCGUUGGCGCAAGAGUAA